GGAGGAGAAGGAUCGUGAGGACUUUGCCCCACUCCCCCAUGCUUCUUGCUCGGGUUCCUAGGGAAGCCUGAAUGCCGGUACCAGGCUUUCUGCUGCUGGCUACAGCCCGCCCCGUGUGUCCUUAUUGGAUUCCUGGCCUGGAGGGUGUUGCUGCACUGAUAGCAGCAGCAGGGAGAGCAGCACGCUGAUAUGCUCCGGCUGCUCGCCCUUGGGUAAGAAGGAGCUGCCGGCAGUGGAUGGAAAUUAAACRGGAUCACGUUUCUCCUGUGCACUUGAAGAGAUUAACAAGAUGUUUGGGACCGUCGUGGUUGGACUUGGAAUUGCUGGCUUAGCACGGAUCCGAGAUUUGAUGAAUCCGAUGCCUUCCAGCCCUUCUGAGCAGCUGAAACUCUUUGGAUUUGUAUCCAGGAGAAAUCUGGGCAAAAUUAAUGAGGCCAAACAGAUUAGCUUGGAAGAUGCUCUGAGAAGCAAAGAUAUCCAUGUAGCCUUCAUUAGCACGGAGAACAUAAGUCAUGAAGAAACCAUCAGAACRUUUUUAGAAGCUGGGAAGCAUGUCCUCGUUGAGUACCCCAUGGCUUUGUCUGCCAAGGCAGCCCAUGAGCUCUGGGAAAUGGCUGAGCAAAAAGAUAAAGUCCUCCAUGUGGAGCACAUUGAACUGCUGACUGAAGAGUACAAGCAGCUGAAAAAGGAGGUGGCUGGGAAAGACCUGGUGAAGGGAACGUUACAUUUUACAGGCAGUGUCCUCGAUGAAAAGCAAGCAGGAUUCCCAGCUUUCAGUGGAAUUGCCCGGCUGACUUGGCUGGUGGACCUUUUUGGAGACCUCACUGUUACCUCAGCUACCCGAGAAGAGCAGAAGGAGAAGAAUUAUUCCAAAAUGACAGCCCAUUUUCAGACUGCAAACAAGAAACCUCUGACUUGGAUUGAAGAAAGAGGACCAGGGAUGAGACGUGAGAAGAAAAUCAACUUCUGUUUCACAAGUGGCUGCCUGGAGGACCUCCCACAAGCCCCAAGGUCUGCUGUGGGCCUUUUCAUGCAGGAUCAGAACCUCUUUGCCAAAAAACUGCUGGGCCAGGUAUCCAAGGAGGAGCUGGCCGCUGAGAAGUGGCGAAUUUUGCGUUGUCUCGACCUUGCAGAGGAGAUCCAGCAGCACUGCGAGCGCACGGAGAGAAUAGGUUCUUGAGGCCACUCUCGGGGAAACAGGCAUGUGGCAGCAUGAAGGGUGUAGGGCCUGAGCUCCUCAUGCAGUUGCUAUUUCUGUUUUGUUACCUACCCUCUGACUAGUUGUGACUCCUGUGCCCUCUGGGUGGGCUGGAGAGCCUGGGCCUUACCCAGUGCCUUGUGGUGUGCGCCAGAACUAGACAACAUGCUGCCCUGUUCUGCCCUGCCAGGCAUAUAGGAACCAGCAGCAGCAGCUUUUCAUAUGGUUGCUCCCAAUAAAUUCAAUAGGAAGUGUCCCUAAGAGCAGAAUCUGGAAUAUGGCAAAUAUUAGACAUAAUUUCCUCCAUUUUUUUCCCUCUUCUGUUUAGAUAUGUCUGAAAAUAAGCUACAUGUGGCAUCAUCUAGAAUGAAACAGAGCAUUGCUUUAUCAGGGUCUGAUCCACUUUGCUUGGUCUGCAGAACUUGAGCCAUCCUGACUUAUCGUUCUGGAUGCCGUGAACUGGUCUGGGUGUUCGCUCUAAUUAGUAUUUGUGCCUUUGUUUUAUAUUGGAAAUCAGCCAGCUUCACACAGAAUCUGCAGUGAUAUCAACCCAAAAUAAAAGAAAUAUUUUGUCUCUUAGUAGAUACUAUCUUGAAUUCACUUACUUAGUUUCUCUGGUACACUGUACCAACAUAGAAAUCCAUUUUUUAUCCAGCAGUCAGAAAUUAGUGCAGUACAUCAAUGCAUCAUCUGCCUGCCUUCUGCUGUAUUUCAUUGUAGUGGACCCAAAUAUUUUUUCUUGCACUGAAAGCAGGAUAUAAUUGUUCUCAUUUGUGUUCUGUAUCUGAUUCAGCACAUGAACAGAUCACUCUUUAAAAAUCCUAUAUAUACUUAAAAAUGAGAAAUAUUACGCUCUGGUAAACACUGAAAUUCAGUGGAAAUAGUGAUAAAAAUAGAAUCAAACUUUAGGAACUGGAGCAAUUUGCAAAUGUAGCCGUGCAGUCAUGAAGUAUCACACCAUGGAUGGAUGUUGGGCAUUGUAUAGUUGUCCAGAGUUGCCCAUGAAGACAUUAUCACUUCCCCAAAGACGCAUUUCAGCUUUAGGAGAAAYCAAAGCAGUGCACAGAACUGUCAAUGAUUCCUCUGCUUGCCUUUUACUUUCUAAUUACAGAAUCUAUCUGUGUUAAUGUAGCAACAAACUUCGGUGUGUGCAGUUGUGCUUCAAACUCAGAAGGCAACAUCUCUUUAUUACAGUAUCCUUUGGGCAAUUUUUAAAUAAAUGUGUAUGUUGUAAACUUACAUAUAUUUAAUUACAAUCAGGCAAUUCUAAUAUAAAAGUUCCCUUCUUUAUAUUAAUCAUGUUUAUGGAGAAAUUUGAUACAGUUCAGGUAGAGUUUGGGAGAGGAAAGGCUGGGUAUUUUUUCCCAAAUCUCUCAGAUUGUUGGAGCAACUUGAGCUUGCUACGUGAAUGAAUUUUGCCUGUAAAUUUUCUUUAAAUCAACUCUGUCUUGUUAAAAACAGUGGAAAGCCUCCUGCUGAGGUGAAUGGAUUGAGAUCCACAGGAGCUGCAAACAGGAGA